AAACUGUAGUCUGUACUUUGUGAAGUUGAAAUGCUUUUCAGUAAAUAUUUGUCUCAACCAAGAAGGGCUUGAGCUCUCUCAACGUACCUGUUAGUGUUGUUGAAGGCGUGUGGCCAUGGCCAGCCCGGCCAUACUGCCGGCUGUUCGCCACUGGCCGGAUGACUUCCACUCUAUUUUUGUAGAUUGGGCGAAAAGCGCUCAAGAGCCGAAAGAAGAUGAAGGGAAGAAGAAAAAGGAUGACAAGAAAAAGAAAAAGAAGAAAGUGAUCAAGGCAACCAAGAAAGGAAAGGACAAUGGCAAGGAACAAAAACAGGAUGGUCCGAGGAGAUAUGCGCCAAGUGCACCAGACCUUGUGAUUUCUUCCAACCCAUCAGACUUCACUCUCUUUGCGAAGGUUCGCCAGGCAGUCCUUGAUGAUUUACUUGAGCGCAACCGCUGUGCCAUUUCGGGCAUCGAGGCGGGUCCGGAUGAUGACGAGUCCAGUGACGACGAAAAGCCCGAAGCAGCAGAGUUGACAGUACCAAAGGUGGUAGGUCUGGGCAUCUGCGGUGUGUUUGAGCUGAUCAAGGAUGCUCGUGCGUAUCACCCUGCACUAUGUGCGCGAGCUCUGACAGCACUGCUCAAUGUGCUGCAAGGACAGGAGCCUGAAGGAUUACACGCCGAGUCGUCAAAGUCUCUUGAGUGUCUGCAUGAAGUUCUUGUUGACCUUGUCAGCUAUCCAGUUGAGUCUGAUGAUGCCGGGCUUGGCCGCGAGGUGCAGUCGCUUGCGUGCGCCUGCCUGCUGAGCUUGGUGGUGGCGUGGGGAAAGACCGGUCCAUUACUGGCAGCCAUGUCCUCCGUACUCAUCACCGCUGCCCAGAGAGGUGACAUACAGCUAAAAGUGCCAGAGGUACUGUCCUCCCUCCAGCGCAGUGUUCAAGCUGCCUGCGUUGGCUAUGAUGUGUCAAACGAUUGGGCUGCUGUCGGCAUCACCAAAGAGGCCAUGGUGGACAAGUGGCCAGUGUAUGAUGUGACGGUAGAUGAAGCCAGCUCGCUGGCUGUAGAUAGCAACUACGCGUACGUAUUCUCCAAGAAUGAUGGCUUGGCAAAGAUUGGUACUGGGCACGAAGGGACAAUCAAAGGAUAUGUGUACAUCAAAAACAAGGAAUUCUAUCCCGGACAAGACGGCUGGAUUGGAUGUAUCAAGGGCAAAUUGUUCUUCCAGCUGCGCUCCGGCAUGGACCGUAGCAUGAUAGUGGUCAACACGGACACACUGCUGGAGCAGGAAACGGUCGAGCUGGAGUACGAGGGCGGACCGGGUCCCAUGCAGUUUUUGGUGGAUGGUGUUCACAUUGCUCAGCUGCAGCCACAACAAACUGGGCUAAAGUUGCGCCUGUUUGAUUCAAGCAGUUCUCCAAUGCCGUGCAUCAAAGAGUCGGAGCUUGUUGUUGCGUCUCACUCUGUCAUGGCGUGUGGCAAAGCAAGCUAUCUCAAGAGCUCUGCUCUGCAUGAGUGCUACUUUGAUGACACACAGGACGCCAUCAUCGAGGCGGGCCGCGAGUUCUCCCUCUUGCUGAAAAAUAGUGGCAAGCUCAUGUGUUGUGGCAAUGGCUCUGCGAUAGGCUUCUCUGCUGCUGGCAGUGCGCCAGACAGUCUGAAGUGGAUUGAGGUGGCUAGCAAUGUGAAACAGGUGACUGUUGGACACAAUGGCAACUUUGUUGUCACACUUGACGGCAAUAGCAAAGUGGCUUGUUAUGGCUAUCCAUACAAUGGUGAAGAUGGCAGCAAGGCCAAGAACAGACGUGCAGUCAAGCAGUGCACAGGUUCUACUCCAGCAAAGGUAGCCCAGGUCACAGUGACAUCAGUGGCCUGCAGCAGCACUGGCAGUGCCUACAUCAGUGACAAGGGCCAGCUGUAUCUGCUCGGCGUAGUCGGCGAAGACUUCACCGAUUCUCAGAGUGGUAUUGUCCUGGGCCUACUUGGCAUCGAGGUGAAGACGUGUGCUCUUGGCAAAGGCCAUGUUCUGGCACUUAACAAUCACGGCAUCCUCUACUCCUUUGGUUUAAACAACCGCGGUCAGUGUGGUCGCGAUGACAGCUCUGCAGAAGUGAACCCUGAGGAUGGUGAGACUGGCACGUCCGAGGAGGAGGAAGACAGUGUCAUGUGCAAGGACAGCCACAACUGGGGCAACACGGUGUGCAUGAUCUGCACUGUGUGCGGACACUGUACAGGCUAUGGUCCAGGCUGCUGCAAUGCUAGAGAACCCAAUCGAGAACCAGGCACAGAAUGCGGCUGUGGAUCAGGAUUCUCUGGCUGUGUUGCCUGUGGCUGUUGUCGAAAGUGUGCAGGGAAUCAUAAGCCUUCAGGAAAAAAGAAGGAAAAGCCCAAGGACAAGAAGAGUUCUGGAAAGGCUCUGUUCCGACCAGGUCCGGUGAUGCUGCCGGUGGACGGUAGCAUUACUGUGCAGCAGAUUUCUGCUGGCCACUAUCAUUCCGCUGCACUCUUGAGCAAUGGCGACGUGUAUACAUUUGGUGGAAACUCAGAUGGACAGCUUGGUAUUGGAUCAAAGGAUAACAGUACAAUGCCAGUCAAGGUGGAUCUUCCCUGUGCCGCCAAGCAAGUGAGAGCUGGUGGACACCACACGGUCAUCUUGCUUGCCGAUGGCCGGGUGAUGACAUUCGGCAGCUCCAAGGAUCAACAGCUGGGGCGCACAGCAGCCAAUGUGAAAGAUCCUCUGUGGUUCGCCAAGCCUGGAUUCCUUGAAGGCGUUGGCUCUGGUGAUAAACUUGCUUCGUGGGUCGGUGCCGGUGCCAGCAACACCUAUGUACAGAUGUCUUCCUCAUUGCUAACGGAAAAGAACUUGGAGACAUCAACGAUCUUUGCUAACCCACACACACUGGGUAUUGUCUCGAACCUGAAAGAAUCACUCAAUUCAUCGAUCCUGUUCUACGACAGGGACAACAAGAGGCUUAGCAGCGUCUCCGACCAGGCCGACCUGUUCAAGUCAUUGCUCUGCUAUGAACCAUCCUACUCUCUGCUAUAUCGGCUGAAAACUGACUCAUUGCAGAUGGAUUGCUUUGAUGUGUUUGCAUCACACUCGAAGUCUACUGUCUGCGAGUCUGGUCAGUUUGGCAGCACAAUCUUCAGUCCAGAGUUGUCUUUUCCACGACAAAAUGCUGACUGCAUUUCGGCAUCGCAAGCAUCUCUUCACUUGCUCGCUUGCCUGUCGCACCUGAACGCUGCAAUCACUUCUGGAAUAUCGGCUACGGGUGCAGGCGGAGUUGCUGUUGUUCCUGGCUCAACGAUAGCUCUGGGCUCGAUCAAUACGGUGCCUGUGAUGCCUAAUGACUACUCGACUGUUUGUCGCUUUCAAUCUACUGGAGGUCCUUGGGGCUAUUCACAAACAGCUGUCGAUGCCGUAUCCUUUUUGGUGGACAAGGACAUAUUUCUGUAUGGAGUUGGACUGUAUUCGAACACGCAAGGAUCCACGUUCAAAGCCACUAUCCGGAUUGAAAUGGGGAAUCGUGAUCGUGAGCUUGUGACAGAGUACACUUCUAGCUUUUCCAAAUCCGCCAAGCCCAGUCGCGAAGACGAAUAUUGUCACUGCCUUAUGGAUAAGCCGCUGAAGCUGGAGGCAAAGCAACUGUACAAUAUCUUGGUGACCAUCACAAGUAGCAGUCGAUCUGCUAGUGGUUCAGUUGGUUUUCCCUCUGUCAAUGCUACCGAUGAUGGUGAGUCGGUGACAUUCACCUUCAAGGCCUGUAUGCAUUCGAACAAUGGAACUGAUUCGGAAUCCGGCCAGAUACCUGGCAUCUUGUUCAAAGUGUACAAGGAACAGGCUGUUGCCCAUACAUCCUCCAGCAGUAGUCAGCUGACCGCCCAUGUUCUGCGUCCGGAGUUUUCUACCAGCGUGUCCCAGGAUGGCUUCUCAGCUCUGCUGCGAUUGCUUCGCUGGUCAUGGGACAAGCUAUGUUUGUCAGUCAAACAGCCAAUGACAUCCGGUAGUCGACGUGACACUCUCGGUGCUCUUCAAGAUCUCAAACGGCUGGCAUUCAUCACGUCUCAUUGCUUGCAGCUGUUGCAGACAUUCGUUCUGGAAUUAUACCCUGUCCCAGGCUCGAAGAACACUGCCAAACCAGAGGAGGACCAGCUUGUCGAGGCCAUUGGUGAUUCGCGCAGUGUCCUGAGUGACAUUCUCAGCAAGUCUAUUCUGCUCACCAAACUGCAGGGAAACCCAGCCGACUCCAAUUCACCGGCUUCUCUCUUUAUGCAGGCCCUGGACCAGUGCUACAAGACGUUUGUUGCCUGCUGCCAUGCGUUCUAUCCAUCAAACUUCCUUCGCUGGACAGCACUGUUUGCUUUGCUGAAUCAGUACACAGUUGAUAUUCGCGCUGGUGGUGUUCCACAUUGUAGCCGUCAUCUGGCUGCGCUGAUGGAGGCUUUGGCCAAGCCCACUCAACCUUUGCUAGCUGCUAUCAGUGCUUUGCCUGUUGGUGAAACUACAAAGAUUUAUUCCUUGAUUGGAUCAGCACAGAGUCAUUAUCCCAAGCUGGAGCAGCACAUGGCUGACCGUAUUCAAGAACAAGGAGAGUGCGAUGUCAGCGCAAGCUUCAAGGACGUUGUAUCCCAGUUACUGUUCCUAGUCGUACAGCCUGUCCGUGAUGCUGUUGGACUGGACAAAAUCGAUGGUGAGCGUGAUAACAUGGUGACUACGCGGGCUGGAGAUCUACUGGCUGCGCUGGUCGGCCAACUCGCUCUGGACUGCCAUAUUUCUCUGGAGGACGGCCCUUUGCUCUCAUCAACAGUCAAACUGCACAGCGGUGAGCAGGUGCAGUCCACACCGGCACGGUUUGUAUCUACCACGGAGCAAGAAUUCUCCGGGGCAAUGCACUCAAGCAUGUUCAGAGUGGACAAGGAUGGUGUGAUGAUUGCUGGCACUUGCAUUUACGCUGUCGACGGCCUUUCCAACUAUGAAGUGGAGCUGCUGCAGUUUUCAAUGAACCAGCCUCUAUCUAUCAAGAAGAUGUCUGGCUCUCUGAAGGAGGUGGAAUUGGCUGAUGGAAAGCUGACCAUUUCUUUUGACAAGCCCGUCAGCAUUCAGCCAGGUAAGGACUACAUCAUGAACGUCGCCCUGCAAAUGGAUACUCAUACUCAGUUUCCUCUUGGCAAUGAUGUCGACAUCAACCAAGUGAAGACGGACGAUGACAUCACGUUCUCUUUCUCUACAUCGCCAAUGAGCAAUGAGAGUACACUGAUGCCGAGCCUGCUCUAUAUCAACACGCUGUCCAAGGACGGCAACGCUGCGAGGACAUCUUUAGCUGAUACCAGGCGCCGCCCAGCUGCUCAUCUUGUUCAGCUUUCCAUCACUCUGCUGGAGCAUUGCGCGCAGAUCAUCGACUGUCUCAAUAGCCAGUCACAUGAGAAACUCAAGUCUCUGCUAUCCAUGCUGGGUGAAUCGUACAUCUUCUCCACUCUGCUCCCGUUGUGCCUGGCAUACUUGUCACCAGUUGUAGCUGCUGACCUUCAGCUUGCUAUUGACAUGAUUGCACUGCUCCAAGCUGUAUUGCCAUCCGUCACCGGUAUCAAUCGAAUGCUGCAGUCCAGCAACAUUCUUGCUGAUCUGGCGGCAGCAGCAAGCACUGAGAAAGCGUCCAGCGAUGACAAGGCUGCUGAGCAAGAGAAGCCUGUGGUGGAGGUGAAGGGCGAUGAAAGUGCGGCUGUUGAGGCCACUAUCACCACCAAUGGUGCAGACUGUCAGACGGCCAACAGUAAUGCUGCUGAUCAGCCUGUUCUGCCUGUGGUUACACAUCACGUUGUAGUGGAGAGCGAUCAUCCGUACCCCACUGCCACUUGUAGCGGCUACGGGGUGAGCUUCCCCAGCUGUGUGAAGUGGAUGCUGGUGGAGUUUGACAGUCGGUGUGGUACUGCUCAGCCGGAGGAUGUUGUGUGCCUGUACAUAUCAGACAAGAAGAAAGACAAGGAUGUAAAGCAACAACGGCGUGCUCUCAGGAUUGAUCCCAACGACUCGUUGCCCGUAUUAGAGGAAUAUAGCGGUGCUCCUGGUGGCAACUGGCCCAAGCGGCCGCUGGUAAUUGCAGGCAAUAGUCUGUCAGUGUGGCUGGAAACAGCGUCUGACUAUGCAAAGGAUAACAAUGCUUGCAAGUACGGCUUCCGCUGUACUGUGACCGGGUACGAGUGGGCACCUAUUCCAACACAGGUUACUCUCGUCAUGGAAAGAGAACUAGCAUUUGUGGCCAGUACAUGUGCUGUGUCACUCAUGCAUGAUGAUGUGCCACUCAUGGAUGUGAGUGCCGACGAAGACAACAUUCAUCCCACAGUCAAGCAGCUAAUGGCUGAAGAGGAGUUUGCACAGCACAAGGAUGUGUUACAACAAGGCCUUGGUCUGAACCACGUGCCUAGUAUCACGGAGGUUGUGCAUGGCCACAUUGCCUGGCAGGAACAGUCCAACGAACAGCAGUUCCUCGACGAUCUCAUCAGUCUGAAGCCAGGCACUAGUGGUGGUCGACUAGCCAGGUGGCUUCAGCCCACUCAGUGUGUAGAUGCAGAGUGUUCAGUGCUGAAGACGGCAUCCGAGAGUCUCUACUCGCACUGGUUACAGCACGCGUUCAGCCUGAACACGUGUGAUGCUGAGGGGCACACAGUGUUUGUGCUAGGAAUGAAGGUGGAGUGCAUUGCCACGCCAGUCAGUGCGUCAGGAGAUCAUGUUGACCCAGCUCUUUUUGCGGGCUUGCCUAAUGUCAACUUCGCUACAAAGUACAAGGCAACAGAGACCGGCACUGGACUGCUGCAGUCCAUCACUGCCAUGAAGGAUUACGAGAAGUUCUCCUUUGAGGAAAUUCGUCUUCAGUCACCCAAGGAGGCCAAGACUCCGGAAAACAUGGAGGUUGUGUCUCGCAAUGAUGGCCGCUACGAGGUGAUGUGGUCGCCAUCUUUUUGCGGAGAGUACACGGUUCAGGCCCUUGUUGACGGCUGCAAAGCUGGCGAAGAGCUUGUCGUUGUUGUCGAAGAGCCUGCCAGUGGUGCUGUUGCUCCGCCACUACCUCCUUUUGCCUCUGGUUGGGCAGUGGCCAGCGCUGCUGCCAAAGUCCGGGAGACGCACGAACACAAGUUGAUGGUUUUCAAGCACAUUUCUGGAUCGUUACGGGUGCGAGCAUCGCCUUCCUUGCAGGGAAAAACAAUCGGGACACUCAAAGGACGAACUGAGGUUCGUGUUGUCAAAGAGGAAGCGAAUGAUGAUGGGCAGUGGGUGAAGUUGACACCUAAAUAUGCCAAGAAGUUUACCAAGUCGGAAACUGCCUGGGUCUUGGCUUUCCACAGUGGCACAGCUGACACUUAUCUGGAAGAAGUCGAGGAGGAAGAUCCUACGGCUGCUGAUGGCACUGCCGCUGAUCCUUCUUCUGCUGAUGGCCUCAAAGCCAAUCUGUCGGUGCUGAAUGGAGCACUGCCUGCGGAGCCACCAACCAAUUGGCAUCCUGGUAUGAUAGCUAAGCUGAAUCAGGAGGAUUUCAUUCCAGAGCUGAAGGCUUUGAAGUUGAAAAGCAAGAAAGCUGCGUCUGCCAAGGCUAAACCAAAGCUGCCUGAAGGUGGUGCAGGUAACUACACCGUUGUGCACUGUGGAUCUCUUGGUCACAACAUACGCAAGAAGCCGAGCUGCAAGGCCACACCUGUUGGCUUACUUACGUAUGGUUCUGACUUGAUCGCCAUUGCUUCGGUGAAGAACAAGGAUGGGCUGUGGAUUCGUCUGGGUGAUAAGAGUGUGGAAGAAUACUGCGAGUCUAAUGCUGAAUCCUGGACAUUGUCGGCAAAUUGCAAAGGUGUUACUUUCAUUCAGAAGGUUGGAUCAGAUGGUGACAAGGUUGUUGGUCACGAGGAUGAAGACGAUACGAGUGAUGAAACGGAAGCGGUACCUAAGAAGGAAGAGAAGCCCGUGCCUGUUGGCGGUUUGUUUGGCAACGCUGGCAAUGCUGGUGGUGUUGGAUUGUUUGGAGCUGCUAAUGCUGGCAAUGCUGCUGGUGGUUUGUUUGGUGCUGGUAAUGCUGGUGGUGGUGGAGGCUUGUUUGGUGCUGGUAAUGCUGGUAAUGCUGGUGGUGGUGGAGGCUUGUUUGGUGCUGGUAAUGCUGGCAAUGCUGGUAAUGCUGGUGGUUUCGGUGUUGGCUUUGGUUUUGGUGCUGGCAAUGCUGGUAAUGCUGGUAAUGCUGGUGGUUUCGGUGGUGGCUUUGGGGGUUUUGGUGCUGGCAAUGCUGGUAAUGCUGGUAAUGCUGCUGGUGGCUUUGGUUUUGGUGCUGGCAAUGCUGGUAAUGCUGGUAAUGCUGGUAAUGCUGGUGGUUUGGGCGGUUUUGGCGGUGCCUUUGGUGGUUUUGGUGGUGCACCCGCUGAGCCUCCCGGUACUCCUCCGUUUGGUGGCGGUGGUGGUUUCAAUUUUGGAGCCCCGGCUGCAGCUCCAGCUCCAGCUUCUGCGUUUGGCGGAGGCGGUGGUUUCAAUUUCGGAGCCCCAGCUCCAGCUCCAGCUCCUGCUUUUGGGGGUGGCGGAGGUGGUGGUGGCUUCCAGUUUGGUAUUGAACCUGCCCCCGAAGCACGUGGAUUCCAAUUCGGUGAUGUGCCAGAUGAGGACGGUGAUGGUGAUGACGACGACGGCGACGACGCAGACAGUGAUGAGGAGGAGGAGGCUGGUGAGAAGCUGGGCAGUGACGGUGGUGAGGAGAGUAACAGUGACUGUUCUGGCGACACAACAAGUGAAGAGAACACCUGCAGUGACCUCUCCGACCAUGAUGAAGACCCUGGUUGGGGAAGGAAACUGGGCCGUAAAGGCAAGGCAGGAGGCAAGAAGCGUGGCAUGUUUGACAGCAACAAAUCGCGGGACUCCAGCGGAGACAGCGGUGAUGCCCUUAGUAGCUUAGCGCAACUCUUUGCUGCUGCCGACCAAGAUGAUGCAGUGUCUGGUGGUGCAGCCCCCAAACCAGACAUACUCGCUGCUGCUAAACAAGACGAUGUGAACGUGGGUGGUAGCAAGGAGAAAGAGAGCCUGCCCACGGUCCUGUCUCCUGCAGUGGCGCAGUGUUUGCGCACUGUUCUGGCUGCUUACCUGUGGCAUGGCUCUCUGGUACAUGACGCCAUGGCCAGUGCAUCCUACCUGAAAUUCCAUCCAGACCUAACCCAUGGCACUGUCCAGGCCAGUAAUGUCGCAGCUGACUCUAUGGCAACUGAGGAGACACUGCCUGCCAUGUCUGUUGCCAGUGCAUCCGCUACCGCUUCAGCCGAUGCACAGCCAUCAAGUGAAGAUAUAAAAUCGUCUUGCGGUGCUAGCCCAGCCAUUAUGUCUUCUCUGGAGCAAACAGCCGAACGGAGGAAGGGUACAUCCGUCUCAUCCGACUUGUCAGCAGGUGAGGCAGGCGAUUGCGUGCAGCCGCCUGUAGAGCAGCAGGGCCAGUCAAUGCCACCCACGCUGCGCUACCUCGUACGCAUCUUCCAGAAGCUGUCCGAGGCUGUCCUUACAACACUGAGCAAAGACAAGAAGGCAAAAUGGACUCCACGAGUUCCUGCAUCAGUUUCCAAUGUUAUCGUACAAGCGGAGAAAGAUGCCAAAGCCAAGAAAGAAGACGAAGAGAAGAAGAAGAAGAAAAAGCCUGGAGGCGGCGGCGGUGCCUCGGCUGCUGGUGGUGAUAGGACGGACCUUUGUGAGCUUUGUGACGAGUACUUCCCAUCUCCAGUCACGUAUCAUAUGCGUGACAGCCAUCCUGGAUGUGGCCGACACGCUCAGGGUAAGGGUUACAACUCACAGGGACGUCAUUAUGGUGGGUGGGCCGGCAACUGUGGCGAUGGUGGACGUGGCGGCAGCACCUGGUAUCUGAUGUGCAACUCCUGCAGAACAAAGUAUCUUGAUCAGAAGGCUGAGAUGAAGCGCGUCGAGAAGGUAGCGACAAACAAGCCCGAGCAAAAGCUAGCUCCCAACCGUGGAGAGUUGAAACCGCGCAAGUGUGCAGAGCAGCCAGCACAUCGUGUUCUCACUGAAAAUGCGCAGUUCCUGCUGCGUCUGGCGCCCUUUUCUGAGAAAUCCGCAGUGUCGUCUGUCACCACCGCCUCUGCUGCAGCCCCUGCUGCUGCCUCUACUGCUUCUACUGGCACAGGCACUAGCCACGAAGGUGAAGACGACUCCUCGAAGAACCGAUUGUUCCUCUUCCAGAAGAUGAUGUCACAGCCAAUCACGGCUAGUGGCGCUUUUGCCAGUUUUGAUUCACCCGAGCCUGGCUUGUUGCAGCGAUCGUCCUCAACGAGCGGUAACGACAAAUGUGACGAUGAUGCUAACCCACCGUUCUACCAGCGCUCAGUCUCACUCUUAGUUGGCGAUGCUGCAAAGCAAAGACUCAUUGAGCCAGUCAGUGUGGUGACUAGCGCUUCCUCAUCACUGCUGCACAAGCCCUCGCAUCGUCUCAAGAAGCUGGUGGCCAUUAUCAACCGUGCUGGCGACCAGAACACUCUGGCUGAGAGCCCUGUGCUGCGCUUCAUCUCGCAAGCACAUGAUCUACAAUCACUACGCUGGAGUAUGGAGCAUAGUGUACAACUGGCUGCCUGCAGGCAUCAUGCGUUAGCUACAUUUGGCUGGGUGUUGCGUUGCUUAUCGCAAGAAGCCGUGCUGCACGAUGUUCUCUGGAUGUUUUCGUCCAGCUUGAAUGCAGAUCCCGUACCUGCGGAGAAUGGGAAGAAGGCUGAGGCAGAACCAGCUCAGCUGGGCAACCAUCCGUUGGUGAGCCUGCUGUGCAGCGGCCAGAUAGUCAUGCAAGUUGUGCGCAGCGCCUUCCACGGCUUCCUUGGCAGUGUGUCUGACCUCCUGAAGGCUGUGCCGUGCGGCUCACUCGUUCAGCAAGCAGCUAUUCGCUGUCUGGCUCUUCGAUUCCAUCCUGAUGACCAUGCUUUCCUGCACCGUGGACAGGUGUUCUCGAGCAUCAGUGAAGUCCUUGCUAAGGUGGAGGAACAAUGUAAUCGACAAGCGAUGGUUACCUUGCCAGCACCAAGUGCCGAUGAUCCCGGUGCGAAGGUUUACCAGCUGCAGAACGUUCUCGAUGAAUGUGAGCUGAAGAUGUCGUCUCGCGCAGCCAUGGCUAACAGCCUAAAGGAUGGUGAUACGGAGACUUUCUGGGAGUCUGGUGAAGAGGACCGCUUAACCACCAAGUACUUGCAAGUAACAUGCAGCAAAACUGUCUCACCGCAGAUCAUUUGUGUGCAUAUCGAUAACAGCCGAGACAACGGUCAUCGUGUGAAGAAGGUGGUACUGGGUAUUGGAGAGGUAGCAGAUGAUAUCAAGAAGACCAAGCAUGAGGUUCCCGUUUCGAACAACUUUGCUGGCUGGAUAAACAUGGCGAUACCAGUGAGUGAUAGUAGUCCAGCUCGCGUUAUCCGUGUGUUCCUCCAUGGGGCUCAACAGUCCGUACGGCUGCGUCAAGUCAUGCUUCUCGGAGUCAGUGAGAAGUCGCCGGAGAAGAUCAUUGCUGGCGAGUUGCCACCGCAAAUUGCACACGGUCAGACCUGCCAGGCGGAGGCUCUGCAUGUAUUCCGCCAGCUAACUUCACAGGUGUUUGGCCGGCUGCUGUCUGGUGAGAAAGAAGAUGACAAAGCAGAAAGGAAAGCAGGCGAGAGCACAGACCUACGUGAGCAAGUUGUUGGUAUUCUAUUCAGCGAAGGGAAGCCGCUAACACAGCUUCAGAAGCAGGUGUGUGAGCAAAUGGUGCGCUCUCUGUGCACGGAGAGUGCACGUGUUCGUACCGCAUGGCAGGCAUCAGUGAAUGAGAAGAAUGGAGAGAAGAAUGGCUCGGCCAAGUCAGAGAAUGGCAAGAUUUCCGACUCGUACUGCAUGGAGCUGCUGUCUAUGCUGUUGUCACUGGGUGGCAGUGCAUCUGGCAGUGCAUACCUAGCUCAGCAGUUUGAUCUACUUGAAGCCCUGGUCUCGCUACUGCACACCACCAAUGAUGCUGUCCAGCUGGAGGUGCUGUCACUUCUGUCACGGGUGUUGCCACACGUCGCAGCCGGGCAGUUUGCACAUCUGAUUGGUGGUGCCAUCAUCCCGCCGGCCGGCUAUUGUGCCAUCAUGCAUGCUCAGCAUGUCUCCCUUGGUCAGGUGACAGCACAGUCAGCACCAGAAGUACUGGAUAUCUUCCUGGCCUGCAUUAGCAAGGCUCUAAGCGUUCAAGUACGUGUGAAGGGUGCCACUGCUGCAGUAUCUGGAGAUGGUCUGCUGAGUGGUAAGGGUGUGUCAACUCUGACCAGCGCAGCUGUACUGCAUCGCGAUGUGGCCGUACAACAGAACAAGAUCACUCGAUGGUAUAUGCAGGGCAGUGUGUCGAACGAUGUGGCACAGGCUGUGAUACGAUUCCUGCGUGACAUGUGUGAGGGCAAGAUGGGCCAGGAAUGGUCCACAGUUGGCAAGGCAUCCAUUGCCAAAAUGAUCCUGAGCCUGACCACCAUCAACGAGACAUUGCGCGAUGCUAUCCCCUGCAUCAACUCACAUCAGGCAUGGUUGUCAUUUGCAUCACUGUGUGUAUUGUCCGAGGAGCACAUUGAGUCACUUUCCUCUGGUAACUGGCAAGACAAGCCUGGUGCUGCAGACUCUCAACCAUCACCGGGUGCUAAUGCCAAGCGCACUUGUGAGAAUCACGACGACGGCGAGACAAGAGCCAUUGUCGAGUGCAACGUGUGCGGAUCUCUGUGUGGCGAGUGUGACCGUGUGCUUCACUUGCCGAAGCGCAACAAGGGCCAUCAGCGCCAGGUCUUCAAGGAAGAAGAGGAGGCUAUAAAGGUGGAGGUUCACGAGGGCUGUGGACGUGUCAAGCUGUACUGGCUGAUGGCACUGGCUGAUCCGAAAGCAUUGCGCGCCAUGGUGGAGUUCAGGGACAUCCAAUCUGGUAUUGGUAGCGGCUCUGGGCCAUGUCGCUUCUGUGGCAGCGGUGCUGGUACUUCGCUGCUGGCCAUUGGCAGCGUGUGCUCUGAUUCCGACUGUCAGGAUCGUGCCCGCCAGGUGUGCACCAAGGUUCUGUCAUGCGGCCAUCAAUGCGGCGGUGUGACUGGCGAGGAGACCUGUCUACCAUGCCUGCAGCAUGGCUGUGCUGCUGCUGCUGCCGCCGCCGCUGCGUCGGCUGCUGGUGAGGACAGCACAGACGGGCCAGGCAGCAGGGCAGUGGUGGCUAAGCUUCGUCAGGACGCUGAUGACAUGUGCAUCAUCUGCUAUAGUGAACCGUUGAGUGCUGCACCAGCAGUCCAGCUGUCUUGUGGUCAUGUCUACCACAAGCACUGCUGUGACUCGCAGCUGGAGAAGCGCUGGGCUGGCCCACGCAUCACCUUCCGAUUCCUGAUGUGCCCAAUCUGUGAGGAUCGAUUUAUUGAGCAUCCACUGCUCAGUCAAGUCAUCAAGCCACUGAUGGAUCUUUAUGAGGAGGUCAAGCGCAAGUCCCAAAUGCGACUAGAGUAUGAGAAUCAAAUGAAGUGCGUUGCUGUCACUAGUCCGAGCAGCAAGUUCUACCAGAACCCCGGCCUGUAUGCCAUGGAUCGCUAUGCCUACUAUGUGUGUCACAAGUGCUCAAAGGCGUAUUUCGGUGGUGAGGCGCAAUGUGUAAUACAAGCCGCAAUGUCCAACGACUAUGAUCCAACUGAACUUGUGUGUGGCGCUUGUUCCAAUGUUGAAGGAGCACAGAUUUGCCCAAAGCACGGCAUAGACUUCUUGGAGUACAAGUGUCGGUACUGUUGCUCCGUGGCGGUGUACUUCUGCUUUGGCUCGACACAUUUCUGCACACCGUGCCAUGACGAUUUCCAACGCCUUGGUAACAUGGACAAGAGUCUGCUGCCAUCAUGUCCGGUCGGCCCGACCGCCGUGCCUCUUGAUGUAACCGAGUGUCCACUGCGCGUUGCUCAUCCGCCGACGGGCGAGGAAUUUGCUUUGGGAUGCGGCGUGUGUCGCAAUGCGCAAACCUUCUGAGCAUUCCAGCAAGUUGACUUGUCCGCAGGAACACUCCAACAGAAUCGUAUCGCUACCGCUCUUUUUGUUCCAGUAACUGCUUCGUGGUUGCCUGUUUUGUUGCUAUGGCUUUAAAUAAAUUAAUGAAUAGAUUGUCUUGCUUUGUGGCAUGAACUGGAUAUUUUCCCCGUCUCUCUGUCUCUAUAUCUGAACUGUGACUUCACCGAGACAUCCUAGAUUAACUUUAGCCUUUGGUAGUGUGGUGUUAGACGUGAGCCGUUGCUGCCUCUUUAGCCUUUGGUAGUGUGGUGUUAGACGUGAGCCUUUGCUGCCUUUUUCCGUUCCUUUUGUUUUGCUGUGUGCUUUUCAACUUCAGUCUUCAUUUAGCCUUUGGUAGUGUGGUGUUAGACGUGAGCCGUUGCUGCCUCUUUAGCAUUUGGUAGUGUGGUGUUAGACGUGAGCCUUUGCUGCCUUUUUCCUUUCCUUUUGUUUUGCUGUGGGCAGUUUUCAACUUCAGUCUUCAACGAAUCGUUGUCUUGUCUUGUCGUACCGUUUAUUUCUACUCAUUGUCCUUAUUAUGUCAUGUGGUAUUACCAAUCACAAAAUCAGAUCUUGUUUUGCACCAGCUUCCAAAUUUUCAGUUGUGCAUCUGCUCGCUUAUUCUUUUUAUAGCACCGAUGUGCAGCACCGAUGUGCAGCUAAGUCUUGUACUACUUGCAGUCGAAUUGCAUGCCUUUACUUUUAUCAAUGGCCAGUGAGAGUGUUUGCUUUUCUCUUACCCCAGGGUGGUAUUUUUUCUGUUGGUGCCCUUCUGGUUUUGCUAGAGGUCUUGUGCAGAGUCUUGCUUUUUUUCGUCUUCUUAUUUUCGCCUUCGCUACCAGCCGGCCUUGGCAGCUCUCGGCAUUUCUUGCUGUAUUUUUGUUGUCGCCAUUCGCCAUAGUUUCAUAUGCUAGAGACAUGCUCUUGUUCUUGUCCUUUAUAGUAUACUACAAUGCCUACUUACUUCAUACUGA